AUGGGGGAAGUAGUGGGGGUCCCAGGGAACGAACUGACGCUGCGGCAGUUACCUCCGAACCCUGAAGAGUGCGUAUCACUUGCAGCGACAACGAUGGGGCUGCUCUUGGACUCGUGGAUUAGUGAAUUCAUACUUGUCGUUUCUGUGGCGACUCUCGCUAUCUACCUAUGGUUCGAUCACGGCUUCAAAUAUUGGAAGAAGAAGGGCACACCUUUCGUGGAGCCAAGCAUUCCGUUCGGAAACUUCAGGAAAAGCAUUUUGGGUCAGGAGCCCCUUGGUGUAACGACGCAACGCUUAUACAAACAGGUACCAGGAGAGCGUUAUGUUGGACACUUCGGAUUCUGUCGACCGAUUCUUCUAAUUCGUGAUCCAGAGAUCAUACGCCACAUCCUUGUGAAGGAUUUCUCGACGUUCCAUGACCGAGGAAUCGUACUUGACGAUGAAGAGCCACUGAACCAUAAUUUGUUUUCCUUCACUGGACAAAAGUGGCGACAACUUAGGGUCAAAUUGAGUCCUACUUUCACGUCUGGUAAACUGAGGGGCAUGUUUAAGACGCUGUCAGAGUGCGGCCGCGAGAUGGCAGACGUGCUGGAGGCGGUGGCCGAGCGCGGCGACACUGUGGAAGUGCGGGAACUGGCAGCCAGGUACGCAACUGACGUCAUCGCGUCCGUCGCCUUCGGCAUCGAGUGCAACUGCCAGCGGAACCCCGACAACGAGUUCCGCCAGUGGGGCCGCAGGAUCUUCAAGCCCACCAUACAGACGGGCAUCAGCAACAUCCUCUCUUUCAUCAGCCCCACACUCACCAGACUAUUAAGGAUCAGGAGUGGAAUUACAGCAGUCAGCGAAUACUUUCGUCGCAUGGUUGCAGACACCGUAGCCUACAGGGAGAAGAACAAUAUCACGAGGAAAGAUUUCAUGGAUUUGCUUAUUGAGCUCAAAAACAAGGGGGUUGCUGAUCCAGACAAGAGCGAAGCUCAGGAGAGCGGGUACAUGAGUGAAGCCAUCGAUACCAAGAAGCUAACACUCAACGAGCUGGCUGCCCACGCAUUCACCUUCUUCGUAGGCGGCUUUGAAACCUCUUCGACGACAAUGAGCUUCGCCUUGCACGAACUGGCUCUCAAUCCUUCGUUGCAGACCAAGCUGCAAGAGGAGAUAGACUCGGUGUUCAAGGAAUAUGGAACGGACAUAACCUACGACUCCAUUUCAAAAAUGUCCUACCUUGAUAAAGUGGUGUGCGAGACACUGCGGAAGUACCCGCCCCUGCCCAUCCUGAACAGGGAGUGUAACAAAGAGUACAGGAUUCCUGGCAGCGAUCUAGUCCUGGAGAAAGGAACGGCGGUCGCCAUUUCCGUGCUGGGCCUCCAGCACGACCCCAAGUACUUCCCGGAUCCUGAGCGCUUCGACCCUGAGAGGUUCUCGGAGGAGGAGAAAGCCAAGAGGCACCCCUAUGUUUACCUGCCGUUCGGGGAGGGCCCCCGCAUCUGUAUAGGUAUGAGACUCGGUCUGUUGCAAGUCAAGGUGGGACUCGCUUACCUGUUGUCGAGGCACAAUGUGCGGACCACGGACAAAACGGUGACGAACCUCGAGUACAACCCUAGGUCCAUUAUACUUAUGCCUAAAGGUGGCAUCCAACUACGGCUUGAAAAGAUGUUCGCAUUGUGUGGAUCCAAGAUAUGA